UCGGCGAAAAACGCGGCGAGGGCGCCGAAGAAGGCGGCGGGCGCCGCAGGCGGCUGACUAGUUCCUGAACUUUCUCCCGCGUAGCAUGGAAGACGCGCUCCGCACUCUCAUGUCAGUUUAAUAACAUGAUUGAUAAUGGCGUCCACGGCCGCGGUCUUGAAGUCCAUAAGUUCCGUGAUGUUGAUGUUCGCUCGUUCAGCGGUUUCUCUAACGGUCAAGUCCGUCGGUAAGAGAUGGCAUUCAGAGCACCCUUUGGUAGGAAUCACGCCUCGUUCGAACAGCGUACCCCUAGCCGCCAGCCCGUUAGCAUGCUGUAAGACACUAGCAAAGUGAGGGAUAAUAGCCGCAGUUAGAAAGAGCUAUAGGGGUAUCGGCC